AUGUGGAAAAAUUUACCAUUGAUAUUUACUCUUAUAAUUGCAAUUUCAAGCAAUUUUGCUUUUACAACAACACCCUCAGGAUGGAAAGGUGAUGAAUUACUUCCCUUUCAAGAUGCAUCUGGUCAUCUUAUUGGAACAUAUUCAAAUCAAUCUUUAAAUGAAAGAGCCGCCACCUGUAAUCCCGGAUAUUAUCAAUGCGCAGGGUCCAGUUUAUGUUGUUCCUCACUAUGCGGUUCAAUAUGCAGUAGUAGUACUUGUUGUGAGGCACUUGCUGUGGAAUUUAUUGUUGUUCAUCGACCUCUUAUUGUUGCGAAAAUAAUGGUUGUUGUCAAUCAGGUAGCACUUGUUGUAAUGGAAAUGGUUGUUGUAAAUCAGGUAGUACUUGUUGUGGAAAAAAUUGUUGUGAGUCAACGACCUCCUUUUGUUGUGGCGGGUCUAAUUGUUGCCCAAAUGAUUUUCAAUGUUGUGGAAAUGGUAAUUGUUGUACAGAAUACGAAUAUUGUAGCGAUGGAAUUUCAAGCUUCAGUAUUAAAAUUGGCAAAAGACAAUAAUUAUAAUGAUGAAGAAGCGAAUAAGGUAGAUGAAACAGCAAAACAAUUAAUAGAUUGUGUGAAUAAUUUUGGAAUGAGUUUGGUAAAGGCGGGUUUACAAAAAAACAAUUCUUGUAUCUCAUGUGAUCAGGCAAAUACUUUAUCUGAUUUUAAUACAAAUUCAACACCAUCAACAGAAGAGACGUUAGCAAUGUUAAAAUUGUUUUAUUCAAUAGAACAAGCAAUGGUGGAUGCUACUAAAUAUAGUUGUUCUCAAAGUAAUACGAGUACUAAAAGUUCUCAAGAUACUCUAACUUCAGGAUAUAAUUCAAACUCUGUCAGCAAUUCCCUUAUAACAAUAGGAAUAAUUUUAAGUUUGACAAUAAUGAAUCUACACUUUGUAUAUGGAGAUACUCUGAUAAGCCAAUUUUUUCCACCACCAGAUUUCGUUAAGGAAGCUGCAGAGCAUGCCAUUCAUCAUAAUGAAUGCAGAUUUCGUCUACGAAAAACAUUGGCAAAUAUCUAUAGUCCCCUACUGAAUAGAAUACUUGACCCAGAAACUGAAAUAUUGAUUUCUGCUGGUGCUUCCGAGGGACUUUACUCAACCUUCGCGGGUUUUUUAGAUAACGGUGAUGAAGUGAUUUUAUUCGAACCAUUUUAUGACCAAUACAUUCUAAAUAUUACGAUGAAUGGCGGCGUACCCAUCUAUGUGCCAUUACGUCCUCAAGGCAAUACUAAAGAUAAACUAGAUAUGAAUGAACUAAGAUCAAAAUUAACGAAACAAAGUAAAAUCAUUGUUCUGAAUACUCCUCACAAUCCGAUCGGAAAAGUUUUUUCAAUCGAAGAAAUAACAGAGAUUAGUAAAAUUGCACAGGAAUUUAACUUGCUAAUCGUAAGUGAUGAAGUAUAUGAUAGACUUUAUUAUGAACAAAAUAUUCACAAACGUAUAGCUAAUAUUCCGAAAAUGUGGGAACGUACAAUCACCCUUGGAAGCUGUAGUAAAACAUUCGGUGUUACAGUAUUAGCUGCACAUACGAGAAUUGUAUUUUGCGUAAAUUCACCGUUUCAAGAUGCAAUAGCUACUUCCUUAGAAAAAGCCGAGCAAUUAAAAUACUAUGAAACCAAUCGUAAACAAUAUGAAAAGCGUCGUGAAAAACUAAUGAAGGCAUUAUCAAAUGUAGAAUUACCAUACACAAUACCACAAGGUAGCUUCUUUAUUUUAGUGAAUAUUUCAAAGAUUCGGAUUCCAUCGGAUUAUCAAUAUCCACCAGCAAUAGAAUUCAGGCCAAAAGAUUAUAAAGUCUGUUACUGGAUGGCAAAGGAAAUUGGAAUUAUAGCAAUACCAUCUAGUGAAUUCCAUUGUGAAAAGAAUAAACAGUUAGCGCACGAUUAUGUAAGAUUCGCAUUUUGUAAGACUGAUGAAACUUUGAAUCAAGCCGCAAUUGCGCUACAAAAGCUGAAGAAUUAUAUCGAUAUCAUAGAUUAA